AUUCAAGCCAACGCCCCAUUGCCCGUCUUUACUCCCUCCUUCCUAUUUUGUUCUCUAGUUUUGCUAAAUCAAGGAAGUUGCCAUUACUGACCGAUUCGAAGGAGUGGCAAAUUGGAGAGAAGAAAACUUGUCUUCGUUGAGUUCUGCAACAUUGCAAUAUUCAGCCGUUAUAAUUAGCUGGUAAACUAUACAUUUAAUUUCGUUAUGGCUGAUACAGAGGCCAGUGUCGCUGCAGGCUGCCUGGAGAAGCUGAAGGGCUACGUGAAGACCCGAAAAGGAACUAUUCUUGCUGCAGAAAUACUCAUCAGUUUUAUCAUCCUAAUCUGCUAUGCUGCGUCAUUGUAUGGAGGUUAUUCUGCCGUGGCCAUCUGUGAGAUGGUGUUCGCCAGCAUCUUCUUUGGUGUCUUCAUGAUGGAAAUGGACAAGUCCUUCCAUGUGGUCAACUGGGUCUGGAGUGAUUUUAUCCGUGCUACUAUUGGUGCAGCCCUGUACCUUAUCACCUCUCUGAUCUGUGUGAUUGGUGGAGCAGGGGACGGCGCCCGUAUUGCAGGAGGGGUGUUUGGCCUGCUGGCUGGGAUCCUGUUUGCCUAUGAUGCCUACACCAUCUUUCUGGUUCUCAAGAGCACCAGGCAGCACACAGCAGCGUCCACUGACGACAGAGUUUAAGCACUCAAAGCUAUACCCCAAUUUAGCCAGUGAAAGAAAAAUGAAGUUUGUGCAGGAGGAGUCGACAAUGAAGAGAGAAAGAAGUGGAGCAGGUUGGAAGGAAGUUUGAUGCUCAAACGAAGAGAUUAACAGCAGAAAUUAACCAAUGUUAGGGU